AGCACGGCAGGACUCUGGCCGCCGCCCGCCCUGCACAGCGCCAGCCUCCAGGCGGGCACUGCCCACAGGUCCUCCCCCCCCAUGGUGGGUGGCCCCCCAGACGGGGACCCGUGAUCUGCGGCGGGAUGCCAGGGAAACCGAAGCACCUGGGGGUCCCCAAUGGGCGCAUGGUUCUGGCUGUCUCGGAUGGAGAGCUGAGCAGCACCACAGGGUCCUUGAGCCAGAAGGAGAGCAAAGGCAGUUCCCUGAGCAUCCACAGCCUCCCCAGUGGUGCCAGCAGCCCCUUUCCCGAGGAGCAGCCUGUGGCCAGCUGGGCCCUCUCCUUCGAGAGGUUGCUGCAAGAUCCAUUGGGCCUGGCUUACUUCACCGAGUUCCUGAAGAAGGAGUUCAGCGCCGAGAACGUGACUUUCUGGAAGGCCUGUGAGCGUUUCCAGCAGAUCCCGGCCAGCGACACCCAGCAGCUCGCUCAGGAGGCCCGCAACAUCUACCAGGAGUUCCUGUCCAGCCAGGCUCUGAGCCCGGUGAACAUCGACCGGCAGGCCUGGCUCGGCGAGGAGGUGCUGGCACAGCCCCGCCCGGACAUGUUCCGGGCACAGCAGCUGCAGAUCUUCAACCUGAUGAAGUUCGACAGCUACGCGCGCUUCGUCAAGUCCCCGCUGUACCGCGAGUGCCUCCUGGCCGAGGCGGAAGGACGGCCCCUGCGGGAACCGGGCUCCACGCGCCUGGGCAGCCCGGACACGGCAAGGAAGAAGCCCAAGCUGAAGCCGGGGAAGUCGCUGCCGCUGGGCGUGGAGGAGCUGGGGCAGCUGCCGGCGGCCGAGGGUCCCGGGGGCCGCCCGCUCCGCAAGUCCUUCCGCAGAGAGCUGACAGGAGGUACUACGAGCUUAGCCUUACGCCGAGAGUCUCAGGGUUCCCUAAAUUCGUCUGCCAGUCUAGACCUGGGUUUCCUUGCCUUUGCCAACAGAUCUGAGAACCAGAGCCACAGGAAGAGCAUUGGGAGCACCGAAGGGGACAGCGAAAGCCGUCCAGGAAAAUACUGCUGCGUGUACCUCCCGGAUGGCACAGCCUCCUUGGCCUUGGCCCGAUCCGGCCUCACCAUCCGAGACAUGCUUGCUGGCAUCUGUGAGAAGCGAGGGCUCUCUCUACCCGACAUCAAAGUCUACCUGAUGGGCAAUGAGCAGAAGGCCCUGGUCCUGGAUCAGGAUUGCACUGUGCUGGCGGACCAGGAAGUGCGGCUGGAGACCAGGAUCACCUUCGAGCUGGACUUGUCCACGCUGGAGCGCGUGGUGCGGAUCUCGGCCAAGCCCAGCAAGCGGCUGCAGGAAGCGCUGCAGCCCAUCCUGGCGAAGCACGGCCUAAGCUUGGAGCAGGUGGCAGUGCACCGGCCAGGUGAGAAGCAGCCUCUGGAUCUGGAGAAGCUAGUAAGCUCAGUGUCUGGCCAGCGACUGAUUUUGGACACACUCCCAGGUGUGAAGAUCGGGGAUGCCAGCCACACGGCCUCCUGCAGCAGCAGCCAGGGAUGUCCUUCCAGAUCCCAGAACAAGGCCAUGCACGCCUCUUCUCUGCCCCCCAGUUCACUAGUGGAGGCACCCAGUAGUUCGGCCGAGAAACGACAGACCUUUGACAUCGAAGGCUUGGUGGAGCUCCUGAAUCGAGUACAGAGCAGCGGAGCCCAUGACCAGAGGGGCCUUCUUCGAAAAGAGGACCUGGUGCUUCCGGAAUUCCUGCAGCUGCCUGCCCCCAGACCCAGCUCCCAGGAGACCCUACCACAGACUGAAUCAGAGGCCCAGCCCAAGGGGGGCUCCGUGAGCCCCCCUGCCCAUUCAGCUCUCUGACACCUGUAUAACGAUCCUAGGCCAGCUGCAUGGCGCCUAGCGGGCCAAGCAUGCGAUGGGUCCACUCUGCAUGCUCUAUCUGUACCCCGAAUGUCCCUGGUCCCCUCCUGUCAUGGGCAGGCCCGUGGGAGGAGGAAGAGGGGGAGGGAAUUCAGAGAGGCCACCCCUCCCCGCCACAGCUGCAGCCCGGCCCCGGGAUGAAGGUGGGCGUAGCCCCUUUGGGGUACCCAGCAUGGAGGGAUGGCGUUGGCAGUGCCAGCCUCCCUGACCUGUGCCAAGUAUCCGUAGGAGGAGGGGCUGGGCCCCUGGGGGCACAGGUGGGCAGCGCCUCCUGCUGGCCACAUAGAAUCCACUGUACAUACAGAUCUCAUGGUUGGCUGGGGACAGCUGGGUUUGUCCUGAAUGUAUGAUAUUGUUACUAUAAUAAUAAUAAUUA